AUGCAGAAUGUCGGCAAUAGUCGGCGGCGCGAGCAAACCCCUCACCACGGAGUCUCGAUGCUGUCAUUUUACAAAGAAGCGCCUCUAGUUGAGGUGUCGCUCGAGCAGUUUGAAGAGUUUGCUAUUGACAGACUCCACGUGCUCAAGGCCGUAGAAAAUUAUCGCUUGCGCAGCAUGCAGAUGAAAGACCGCGAAAUUAGGUUGGAAAAGACGCUUAACAAAUACAUGCCUCUGCGCUCGACUGCUUCCAGGCGUACGGGCCAGGCCGAGGAUGACACAACAAAGGACGUGCUGUCGCACUUUUUUUUGCGCAUGGCCUUUUGUCAGACGGAGGAACUACGCCGUUGGUUUCUGACACAAGAGAGCGCGCUUUUUCGAUAUCGCUUGGAUAAACUGACGAGGGAGGAAAAGAUUCAAUUUAUGAAGCAAAACGGACUAUCGUACGAAGAAGCGACGUUGAAGGAAAUUGAAGUAAGGCAGAGCAAGUUAAAAGCCGUAAGGGACGCUUACGACCUCAAGGUUAGAGGUCAACCGUUGCCAGCUUAUUUUAAGGUUCCUUUUACGGAGGCACUAGAUCUUGUUGCUAGUCGACGAGUAUAUCUUGAAGCUGGCACUGCUUACGUUUCAUUUGAGCACGUGGUGUCCAUUUUGUUUGCUGCCUUUCGUACCAAUUUAUCGAGAGAGUUAUCAGGAGCGUUCCGAAAGUACAGUCGCUCUCUAAUAAGCAAGGAUGAACGCCUUGCGCCCGUGUUAUCGAACCUUGCCAAGCACCACAUCGACGCAGAUUACUCUGUUACCCCUGUUCCCGGAUCGGGAAAUACCAUUAGACCCGACAUGAUUGAUACUCUUGCUGUUACGUCCAUGCCGCUUUGUAUGCGCUCACUACACAAAGGACUCAAGCUCAAUCAUCAUCUGAAGUUUGCAGGCCGACAGCAAUACGGACUGUUUCUUAAGGGGAUUGGUCUGCAACUUGAUGAUGCUGUCGCAUUCUGGAAGCAAGAAUUUUGUAAGAAGAUAUCGGUUGAUGAUUUUAAUAAGAAAUACGCUUACAACAUCCGUCACAACUACGGAAAGGAGGGUAAGCGCAAGGACUAUGCACCCCCCAACUGUAUGCGUAUCAUCACAGGCGACCCACCCAAAACCGGCGAGUAUCACGGCUGCCCCUUUCGUCAUUUUGAGCAGGAGCACCUGCGUAAGGCUUUGCAGGGCAUUUCAGAAGGAGACAAACAGGAGAUUCUGUUGCUUGCAGAAAAUCAUCACUACCAAAUCGCAUGUAAAAAGUAUUUUGAAGCUACACAUGAAGGAAGCGAUCCAGAUGUUCUCAUCAAUCAUCCCAACGGGUACUUCGAAGAAAGCCGAAAAUACUAUGCAGCGAAAGAAAAGGGAGCCAUGACUACUGCUACCUGA